CUGUGCACUGGCAACACCAAAUCGACGGAUGACGGAUAUGACAACACCAAAUCGCUAAAUAUUACGAAACUUUUUUUAGCAUAUAUUUGUUUUAUUUAAAGAAUUGUUAUAAAAUCAAAAAGAUUCAUGAACUUUUUGGCGAGCAUUUCCUUCUAAUAUGUCGAGUCAAUAUCAACGAUUUCUUAAAGUUCUCGAAAAGUGGCCUGUUGAUAAAACGAAACCAAAUAGAGAUCUAGGUGAGCAGAUACGUAAACAUAUAAAUAUCUUAACUAAUCCGGCUAGUUUGACUACUGAGGAAACCAGUAAAAUAACUACAAAAAUCGACUCGUUGGAAAGAUUGGCUAACAACAUAUACGGUAAGAAAUACGUACGUCUACGCGAUUCCACAGCUACUGGUUUGAGUGUUGAACAAUGCAGUCAAGUGUUAUCAUCGGACUUUCUACAAUAUCUCAACGAAGGCUCGGGGAAAUGAUUUUCAACAAAACUGUAUUAAAAUGUUCAAGACCAAUAUUGGCAAAAUGUUACUCUUCGAAUGUUGGCUUUGAAUCGAACCCUUCCCAUAUACCUG